CUGUCUUUAGCAGGGUACUCAUUCCCACCCGGGUAAAGUGAGGACAAUUUGAGUAAAGUACCUUACCCAAAGACACAAUGUCGGGCCCUUGACGGGAUUCGAACCCACGACUUAGCGGUUGCGAGUCUGAGAGCCUAACCCCUAAGCCACCGGCCCCUUCCUGAAUGCGGACUUAUUGGAGCCUCACAUCUUUCCAGGGACUGGGGAUGGCACAAGCGAGGAUGUGGCUUCUGCAACAUGGAGCGUCAGGAGUCUCAGCCAAUAGGACCAUGGUCAGCGAAGAUGCUACAGGACCCCGACUAGGAAAUUUAUCUACUUUAGAGGUACUUCAGUCUGCAGCAAGAUACAAACAUGGAUCGCUUCCUGUACCUAAUGGCUUGCGCAACUUUCGUUUCUGCUUGUCUUGCUGAGGACGGAAAGGAAAGAUCAAGAAGAGAAACCGUUGUUUGGUCCUUGGAUUCUGUCCCUGAUACCAAAAUCGCUGACGACAUCAUACAAAGUUUCGGACCACUACACCAGUGGGGGGAUGACUCCAUCAGCGCCAGCACAAAACACUCCGAAACAAGAGCGCUAAGGAUCUACUACAAGAAAGGUUCCUACAUCAAAAGUAACGGGCCUAAAGGUGCCGGCUUCUUCAGCACGCCUUGCACCAUCCCGGCCAACGCUGACGUCAUGACUCUCAAGUAUGACGUCUACUUCGAGAACUUUGGCUUCGGUAUUGGCGGGAAACUUCCAGGUCUAUUUGGCGGAGAGAAUGGAGAAGGUGCUUUCAAAUGUUCAGGAGGAUCCAACCCUCCUACCUGUUUCUCUCUCAGGAUAGUAUGGAGAGAGAAUGGAGCUGGUGAGAUCUACGCAUACAUUCCCCACAAUCAGAUGGUCGGAUUUUACAACCGCAGUGACGUCAUCGGUCACGGCCAUUACGGACAGUCCUUAGGCAGAGGGAGAAUCCAGUUCAAGAACAAUAAAUGGCAGACGAUCACCCAAGAGGUCCACCUGAACACAGUUGGCAGCGCUGAUGGUUGGAUCAACGUGUGCGUCCAAGUGGAGGGGGAAUCCCAGCAAUGCUACUCGGCCAACAACCUGAUCAUUCGCGAGACCGACAGGGACAGUCUGAGAGGUCUAUUCUUCUCCACCUUUUUCGGGGGCAGCGAACCCACUUACGCUGCUCCCAACGACAGCUGCACUUUCUUCAAGAACUUCCAGAUCUCAGUCCCUGAUCUCAACACUACCAGCACUACCAGCCCAGUUAUUGUUGGUUAGGUCUCGAAUAGAACGAUUAUAGAAUCUAAUAAACUAAUAAGGCCACAAAAA